AUGGGCCGGUUUCAGACCGCGCUGCUGUGGGCAAUGGGGCUGUCGUACGUGGCGGAAGGGGCCAAACUGGGUGCUGCGGCACUGGUGGCGCCCACGGUGACCUGCGAGUGGGGUCUGUCAACUGGCAGGGAGAGCCAGUUAACGCUGCUCAUUUUUUUUGGUGCCCUUGUGGGCUCCUACGCCUUUGGCGUUCUGGCCGACUCCAUCGGCCGCAAGCACACCUAUUGGUACGUGGCGCUGGUGGCCAUCGCAGGCAGCCUGGGCGCAGCCGCUGCUCCCACACUGCUGUGGCUAGCGCCCUGCUUCUUCCUGAUGGGCCUAGUCAUCGGUGGCUCCAACGUGGCACUGGUGUACCUGCUGGAGUACCUACCCAGCGCCCAUAGGGGCCGAUGGGGCGUGAUGCUCGCACUGCCCUGGGCGGUGGGCUCGUUGGUGGGCGCCGUUGCGGCAUGGGUGGCCAUACCCUGGCUCACCUGGAGGGGCUACCUGGCGGUGCUGAAUGCUCCCUAUG